CCGAAGAUAUCAACAAAUAGUAAUUAUUUUGUACAGAUGCGUUCGUGUUUCUUGAUGAAGAUAGGAGAGAAAUUAUUGCUAUAAGCAUGGAUGUUGUAAAAAAUGUACAUCCCUUGUUGUUGUUAGUUGUUAUAACUAUCAUUUCGGAUGUUUAUGGUAAGAGGUGUACUUUCCUAGGACCCCAUUGCAACAACGAUGAAUUUUGCUGCAACAACAACAGAGAGUGCUGCUCUGGCACUGUUUUGGCUGUGUGGGUAAUCAUUGUCAUAGUGAUUGGGUGUGUCUUAUUCAUUAGCUGCUGUGUUGCUGUAAUUUGUUGUUUAGUGAAGCAAAGUCAUCGUCCCGGACAGGUCAUUCAACCUGUACAACAACCUGGUGUUUCUAUCGUGGCAACGGGACACCAAGGCCAACCCGGUACUGGCCAGCCAAUGUACGGAUAACCAAUGUAUGGACAUCAACCUUACGCUCAACAGCAAUUAGGUUUCCAGCAGCCAGCUAGCGGAGACAAGGAAGGAACCAGUAAUCCAGCACAGCCACCGUCCUGCUGAGAGUUACUAGCGCUAAAAAUUAUUAGUAGUACUUCAGUUCUAAAGACUACUGUUUGCAUUAAUGAAAUACUAAAAUACCAGUUCAAAUUCUGUUACUGUACGUUUUCUUUUUGACCCAACUUACAGAAUAAUCUGUUUUAUAUCGACUUAAACUGUAGGCCCCUAAGGCUUUAAUUAACAUCCAUCCUCGCUCAUAAGCAUAAGUAACUUUUUCACAUAUAUGUAUCGACAAACAAAAAUCAUUAAUACACCUACAGGACUUUGGCAUUCACCAACUUACAUCUAUAUCAUUUGCCUUUAAUUAAAGCCAACUCACAGCAACCUUCUUAACUCCAGAAUCUUCCUCAUUGUAGCCUUUCAGUGAAUGAAAAAUAAAGUCACGUUUUAUUGUUAUCAGUAGCUCGGCGAUGUUUUUUAAACUAAAAUGAAAUUUUAUUUUAGUUAUGUAUGUAUACAUGUGUUUCUUAAACUUUGUUUUCUCACGCUUGAAAUAAAGUAAUUGCGUCUACCUUUACAAUGGGCGUACAUUGUCAUUC